AUGAAGAGUGGCUGUAAGAUAUGCCAUGGAGGAGAGUGUGCAGACGAUGAGCUGUUUAGCCCGUGUAAGUGUGCAGGGACAAUAAAGUAUAUACACAAAGGAUGUUUGCUGUCGUGGAUGGCGUUUACGAAAACAAAUAGAUGCAAUAUCUGCCACUAUCAGUACAGGUUUAAGGAAGUUUAUAGGGAGGAUGUUCCGGAGCGACUGCCUGCGUGGAUGAUUGCGAAGGGUGUAGCAAAAGCAGGAUGGCGAGUGAUUGCAGUGCUGAUAUGGAGUUUGCUAAGCCUUUGCAAGUGGAUAGGAAUAUUCUACGUAAAUGGAGGUUUGUUUAUGCUGCUUACGGGGAUAUGCAAUGGGAUAGAUGCGAUGUCGAUAGGGCAAGUGGGGAUGUUUGUUGGGAUAGGAAUUCCGUUGACAUGGCUAGCGCAGAUGAACCAGGCGCUAUUCUUACAGAUACGCAGCAGGGUUGAUACAGAUGCCCGAAGACGAGGAGUGCCUAGUGCAGUGGUGGCAAUGAGGGAGGAGGAUGCGAGUGUGGAACCUGGUGCAGAAGGAAUUACGAGGAGAAGGAAUGUGAGUGCUGGAGAAUCAGAUCAUAUAGCGAAUGAGAUUAACUAUAUAGAUGCACCAGUAAGUGAUGUAUCUGUGCGAUUGAAUGAAAGGCAGAAUGAAUUGGCUGUAGCACCUGAAGUGAGCAUGAGCUUGAGUACGAACAGGAAUGCAACAGAGAUGGAUGGUGGAAUUUCUGAGGCACCUGGAGCAUCUAGGGAAUUUGCCAGUACGUAUAUCGAAUGUGUUAGUGUAGUAAAGAAAGCAGUGUAUGAGAUUUCAGGACUAACGGUGCCUGUGCUGUUUCUUCCUGCGAUAUAUGGGGUUAGCAGGAUGGUGUAUGUGCCUGCAGUGCAUUGCUCUUUUGCAGAUUUUGUGAGUGAUGUAUGGUUAGGCCGAGUGUGCAGCAUGAUGGCAGUAUUUGGAGUAGUUUUUUGGAUAGUGAUAGAAUGCAUGGAGCGGAUGCAGACAGUGAUGAAGGGAAGGACGAUGAGGAGCACCACGCUCUUUAUGAAAACAUACUACAUACUUCUGAUUAACACGAUCUGCAUAAACAUGAUGCUUGGAUUGGCUAUUCACUACAUGUUUGUAUAUAUAUUGAAUCGAGGAGUGAGCAUAUUGGAGAUUGGAGACGAUUAUGGAAUGGCAGUGCAAGGGAUGAUUUCGUUUGGAUUGCAUGUAUUUGUUGGCCAUUCAUUUGGAAUGGGCAUAAGGAAUGCUCUAUUGGCGUUCAAGAAGUGCUUCCGAGCAGGUGUACUUCACUUUGUUCCUGACGAGGACGAAUCCAGGAUGGAUGAGCUUUAUGAGGCAUCUAAGAUGCCGAUAGGCAAGAUCCAUCUGAGGAUUGCAAUGCUGCUGGUCUUUAUUUUGUUUUUGUAUGGCUUUGGAUUCAAGGCGAUUUGGUGUGUGUGUGGAGAAAUUGCCAGGCCGGUGGUUAUUGAUGGCUAUUUGAAGAUGUGUGUUAUGUACAAGAUGUUUUCUGUGGCGAUGUACUCAAGCAGAAUACUGUGCGAGUAUGUUGUUUAUGGAGUCAACAGGAUGGUAAUGCUUGAGUCGAAGAUCCUGAGGAUGGACAAUUUUUUAUACAAUGUGUGUAUCAAGAGAUAUGAAAAGGAAAGGCUAGCUUGGUGUGCAAACAGGAACAGGAUAUUUAGAAGGCAGCACAUACAUGCCAGGGGCAGAAGACGAGUAAGUGAUGAGGAGAUUGAAAAGCAUUUUGGAAAGAAAUGCAGCUCUGACUUUUCAAUAUUUUAUGUGCCUAGGAUGUUUGCAGGCAGAUGCAUAUGCAUAGGCGCUUCUGUGAUCAUUUUUCUGUAUGGGAUCUGUGCAGGAUACUGCAAAGGAGCAAAAGCGGUUAUUGAAUGGAUGGAUGUAUCUGCUUAUGUAGGAGAUAAUGUAGAUAUUGUGUUUAUAAGCAUUCUUGUGAUCUUGCUGCGAGCCACCUGGACGAUUGCUUUUAUAGUGUAUGAAAGAGUGAACAAGAAGAGGCGAGUGAUAGGGCUGUGCAUGGCAUUAUGUAAGCAUGGAGUUGCAAAUGUGUACAUGAACCUGGUGUAUCCUGUGUUUGGCAGCAUGAUGGUGAUGAUGCUGUUGAGCGACGAGUACGAAAGAGAUGGGGCGUAUUUGUUGAGGCUGCUUGUGUUUUUUUUCAGCUCAACGUCUGUUGUCAAGGGCAUUUUUCACUCAUCUCCGGAAAGCUACUCCUUUAAGGCGCUUAUACGCGAAUUGUGCAAAAUCAAUGCGCUUGUGUCGAUUGUUCUUGGGGCGUGGUAUAUAUACAAUGCAACCAGGAUGUUGUUUGGGCUGAGCAAUGCUGAGUUUGUUGCGAUGUGUGUGCUUGUUGGAUAUUUGCUUUUUGUGAGCAAGAAGAUUGGGGAGAGGAUUAGCGGAAGCAAAGGAUUCUAUAUGAGGCUGGUUGAGGAAAAUUACCUGAUAGAGAGAAGGAUCAUGGGUGUGGAUGAAUAA